AUGGAUCAUAUGAAAAUCCCACUAGAAGCUAUAAAGUCAGCAACUUAUAACUUUCACGAUGAUUAUAAAAUUGGAAUUGGUGGAUUUGGGAAAGUUUACAAAGCAAAACUCUUCCAUUUCGAUUUUAGAAAAUAUGUUAAACAGGGUGGAUAUAAGACAGUUUCUACGGUGGAACUCUCAAGCUACCAAAGAACACAAAGCACUGUUGCUAUUAAGCGGUUAGAUAGGAGUUCAGGGCAAGGAACUGGGGAAUUCUUGCAAGAAAUCUCUGUGCUCCCUUACUUUACACACAAAAACCUUGUCACACUUGUUGGAUUUUGUGAUGAAGAUCAUGAGCGUAUUCUCGUGUAUGAGUAUGCCUCAAAUGGAAGCCUCGAUUGUCAUAUUGAAAAUAAUGAUAUUCAUACAUGGAAAACACGUCUUCAGAUUUGCCUCGAUGCUGCCUAUGGGCUCGACUUUCUCCAUAAUGGUGUUGGAGAACAUCAUAGGAUAAUACAUCGAGAUAUAAAAAGCUCCAACAUUCUACUUGGGCGAAAUUACAUAGGCAUGAUUAGUGACUUUGGGUUGUCAAGAAUUGGCCCCGCAAAUCUGCAAGCCACCUUUCUCAUGACUCAAGCUGUUGGGACACUCGCAUAUGUUGAUCCACAAUAUGCCAAGACAGGUAAGCUGACAAAGGAGUCUGAUGUUUAUUCGUUUGGAGUGGUUUUAUUCGAAGCACUGAGUGGAAGGCUGGCACGUUUCCAAUUGUCCAAAGAUGACCCAGAAUUUCUACCUCAUAUGGCUAAACGCUGCUUCCAGCAGAAAAAAGUGAACGAGAUUAUCGAUUCAAAGUUCAAGAAAGAAUUUGAGAAAGCCGGCUCUCCAGUUCUGGAUGAUGAAACCUGCCCAGCUUCCCUAAUGAUAUUUGCAGAAAUUGCAUGUAAAUGCUGCAACAAAAAACGAGAGGACCGUCCCACAAUGGCUGAUGUCGUGAAAGAACUUGAAAGAGCAUUCAAGUCCCAUGUUAAGGGGGUGGAAUCCCUUAGAACGACACUCGAUGAUGUUAUGUCUGCUACAAACAACUUCCGUGAUAAAAAAGAGCAAGGACCAUUGGGCGAGGUGUAUUCUGGGACACUUUCUCACUUGAGUGGACAUAACACGGUUACCAUAAAGCGGCUCUGUCAUUCAGUGGAUUCAUAUGGAGAAGAAUUGUGUAAGGAGAUUGCACAGCUUUAUAGUUAUAGCCAUGAGAAUGUUGUUCCUGUUAUAGGAUUUUGUGAAGAAAAGGGUGAGAGGAUCGUUGUUUUUGAGCACAUGGUUAAAGGAAGUGUAAAACAGCAUCUAACCAACAGUAGUCUAACAUGGAAACAAAGGCUCAAGAUAUGUGUUGAUGCUGCACAUGGGUUAGCUUACAUUCAUAGUCAUACUGAAACCGAUCAACAGUUGAUUCAUGGUGACAUGAAAAGCAGUAGCAUUCUUCUUAGGGACGAUUGGAAAGCUGCAAUUUCUGAUUUCAUCAUAUUCCGAGGUGCAGGCACUUUAGGUUAUCUUGAUCCACUCUAUCUGACCACAGGCUCCAUGACACAAAAAUCGGAUGUGUAUUCUUUUGGGGUUAUUUUAUUUGAGAUCUUAUCAGGAAGAUCAGCAGUUGAAAGGAUCAAAAUUGAUCAGAAACAACAGCUUCGUGAACUCCCAAAUGAUGAAGCUCAACUGAAAAGUGCAAGACUGACAGUUGAAGACGAGCGAGUGGUGUUUCUUGCACAGUUGGCAGCAAAAAGCUUCAAAACCCAAAAAAUACAAGAUAUUAUCUUUCAUGCUAUAAAACAACAAAUUGAACCACAAUCCUUGGUGAUAUUUUCAACCAUUGCCUAUCAAUGCUUGAUGGAACAACAUGAGGAUCGACCAACAAUGGCUAAGGUUGUAGAGGAACUUGAAAAAGCCUUCAAUUGCCAGGAUGAGUGGGAAUGGGAGCAAAAUCUGCCAACAGAUUAUAAGAAAAUAAUCCAAAUGUCAAAAUAUACGGUGCCCUCCACUAUCUCAAAGAAGGAUCUCCAUUCCCUAUUUUCUUCAGGAAUCCUCCUUAACAACGAAAAAUGGUUUUCAAUAAGCAUGGAUGGAUCAAGAAAUGAAAUGAUACCGGCCAAAAGAUUUUCAUACAAUGAUGUUUCUUCUCUGAAGUGGAGAUCCAUUCAAAAAUCAAGAUUUCCAAAGGUCGCAAAGAUCUUGGACAUCUCAAAUCUUAAUAUUGGAGUUCAGAUAAAUGCUGAGUUCUUAACUCCAGAGACGAUGUAUGGAGCUUACCUAGUUUUCAAGUUUUAUGAUCGAAGAAAGGUUUCCAACAGGCCGAUAUACAUAAACCUUAAAUAUAAAAAGAGUGAUCACAGAAGUACUGAUUUUGAAUUUCUACUAGAAAGCUUUUCAAAGUAUUAUUGUGGCAUAGGGGGAAUAUUUGUUGAAGGCAUAGAGUUUAACGCCAUUCCAAUGGUGGACUUAGAAAAAAAUAAAAAAUUGAAGGAUGGAACAAACAUGGGAGGAGUCUUGAAAACAAAGUUGGAGAUGGACUCAGCAGAACAAAUGAUAGCCGAUAAUGAAGAAAUUAUUAAGAGGUCUGGAAACAAUGUCCAAAAUGCCUCCAAUGUAGAGCUGUGCUUACUUCUUUUCAAAGGAGUUCUAAUUGACAAUGGUGAAAAGUUAUUCUCCCUAAGUGAAGUCAACGGGAAGAGAUGUCAUAUGCUACCUGCAAAAGCAAUUAUAUACAACUCUUCAAGUAUAAAGUUGUGCAACCCUCCAACCGAAUCCAGGUGCAGAUUUGAAGAGGUUGUUGAGAUUCUAUCUCACCAGGAUUUUCGUAUCAAAUGUGACAUUGAGACCAAAAUGCUCUCAGCAGAUACAACCUAUGCUUGUUUCCUUGUGUUCAAACUUUCAAAAAAAUGUCGUGGGCUCAAGUGCCCAGUGAAAGCACGUGAUCUAGUACCUCAUAGAAAGGAAAGAACCAAAAUCAUUUCUUUCAGGUACCCAAACACAGUGAAUUUAGACAAAAUCAAAUGGAUUCCAGAACAGAGAGAAGAUGGAUGGAUGGAGGUUAUAGUGUGGGAAAACAUCUUUGAUGACACGCAUAGUGAUGAGUUUGUUCCUAUGGAUUUGAAACUGACAUGUUAUGAAGGAAAUAUGUCUGGUCUUAUUGUGUAUGGCAUUGAGUUCCGUCCUAUAGCAUAAGUGUAUAUUAAGUAACAUUUAAACAUGUUGUUCUAAGUGUAUAGUAACUGUUAUUACAUCUUUUGUACUUUUAUAUAUAUUAACUUAAAGGCUCAAUAGAAGAUAUAUCCC